AAAGUACAAGACAGGUUGAAGUAGCACUUGUGCCUUCUCAAUCAUGGAAAUUCGUGUGCUGGCCUCUGCAGUGCUGCUUGUCGUUUGCAUAGUAGUCUGUGCCUGUCAGGAGAAGGAACAACCACUGACUACUAGUCAACUCAGGAGGGAGUUGAAUAGAGCUAUGCAUGCUAUGGUAGUAACAGUCUUCGAAAUGUUCACUCCUGGCUACACUCCCAGUCACCCUGCCUCCUCCUGCGAGGAGAUCCUCCAGCUGGCCCCACAGUCUACCUCAGGUCUCUACUGGCUCAGGGGAACAGACAACAGACCCAGUCAAAUGUACUGUGACAUGGAGAGGAGCUGCAAAGGUGUAGCUGGAGGCUGGAUGAGGGUGGCCUCUAUCGACAUGACUGACACUAGCAGUACCUGUCCAUCUGGUCUGAGGGCCACCUUCACUUUUGUUGUCAAUGUGUGUACGAGGAACAUUGAUGGUAGUGGAUGCUCUUCGGCUAUGUUGCCAGUACAGGGAGUAGAGUACUCUCAAGUGUGUGGCAAGAUUAUUGGAUACCAGUUUGGUUCAACAGACGCAUUCGAAGGUAGUGUUAGAGAUAUCGACGCAACCUACGUUGAUGGAAUCAGCCUAACGUAUGGAUCUAAUCCACGCAAUCACAUCUGGACAUUUGUUGCAGCACUUCACGAGCACCACUCUCAGAAAGACUCUGUUUGUCCCUGCACAGACACACGUUGGAAUCCACCUCCUGUGGUGCCCAGCUUUAUUGGAAACGACUACUUCUGUGACACUGGCAGUGAGAAC